AUGCCUUACCAUAUUUUGACACAGCCUACUCUAAUCACAAACCUUUAAGAGCUCUAAAAUAUUAAUACAAACCUUUUAGAUAAUAAAAAUUCUAAAUCGCCUGCCUCAGCCAUUAACAAUGAUGAUCAGAAGAUGUUAAAGGUGAUUUAAGACUUAUAGGCAAAACUUUAAUAGGAAUAUGAAAAGUAAAUGAUGAUUGAACAUUUGCUAAAGCAAGAUAACCAAAACUCUAUCUUGGUUGGUGAUAUCCUGUCCAUCUUAUAAUCCAAGCCAAGUGAAAAUAAAACAAUGGUUGAGGAUGCAGUGAGUCAAGAAAUAUCUAUUCAAAAAAGAAUGAAAAAUAACACGAAUCAAUUAAGAACAUAGAAUGAGACAAGUAGCCUUAUAAUGAAAGUACUUCCAAAUUCUGUGAGUAAUAGGAAUAUUCAAUCUGAUAAUAAUAAUGACAACAACUAUAUGAGUUAAUAUGAGCAAGUUCAUUCCAAUUCUCAAAUAAAUAUUCCUGAUAACGAUAAUAACUUACUUUAAAGUCAUUAGAGAAAGUUUAAUAACUACACUGGGAUAGAAAACGAUAAAUCUUAAAGAGAUGCUAGCAAAAAUAAAUCAGUUAACACAGACUUUUCAUCUAAUCUUACUAGAAUUCUUCCCUCGUAUAUUGCUUCACAAAUAAGAAAAGAUCUAAUUCAGAGUAAGGAUGAGGAUCAUAUUUGUCAACUGCUAAAGCAGAUAAGAGAACUACUCAAAAAGGCUUGCUAAGAAUCAAGGAAAUCAAGAAAAGAGGCAUUCAAGUAUAUAUUCAUAAGCUAUGAUCUUCUCAGUUUAUCUUAACCUCUGAUUCUUUCAGAAACUGUAAUAUCUGGCAGAAGUGAAAAGAACAAACACCAUCAAUAGUAAUAGGAAGUAAUAGGAACAGACUUCGUAUAGAAAUUACAUAGCCUUAAAUCUGAAAAAGUAAUUUUUCAAUUCUUUUACUUGGUGAAUGUUAUGGCUUGCGAACCUCUCGGCAUAUAAUAUUUAUCAAACAAAAAGGAUUUCUUAUAAGAGGCUGUCUGGAGUAUAUUAGAGAGUGAACCUGAGUUUUCUUAAAAAUUUGAUAAGAUUGCUAUUGCUAUUUUCUAAAAAUUCUCUUUAAAAAAGAAAUACUGUUUACAAAUGCUGAAAUUUGGAAUAUCAGAAUGGCUGCUGAAAUUACUUGAUGAACUAAAAUCAACCUAGUAAUAUGAAAUAUAAUAUGGAUUGGCUUUAUUAAUGAAUUUAACUUUACAUCGAUAAAAAGCUAAGGACAAUGGACUUUAAAAGCUUAUGGAGAAAAAGUUGUAAGAAAGCUAGAAUGACCAAUUAUUGACAUAGAUCAGACAUAUACUAAGCAAAAUAGAUGAAUUUGAGAAUGAAUAAGACUAUCAAAUAUCUAAACAUAUGAAGGAUUAAGAUUAGAUUAUCGAGGAGGAGAAUGAAGAUGAUGAUGACAGUCCAUAUAGUCUUGGAUCAGUCCCAAAAUCUUUAAAGAAAUAGGAUCAAACCUAGACAAAGAGUAAAGAGGAGGAUGAAGAAAUUGAUUGGGACGACGAUGAUGAGCAAAUGGACUUCAAUGAUAACGAAGUGAGUGCUGAAAUUGAGGAUGAAGAGGAUGAUAAUAUGAGCAUUAGCUACUUCUCCGAUGAUGUAGACUUUAAUUAAUACAAAGUUGGGAACGCUGAUCCUAUUACAUAUUUUGAAAACAGAAUGCUCAAAAAUCAAAUAUUCUAGCCUUUUAAUAAUACAGAGUAAAAAGCAGAGUUUUAGUCUUAACCAACUGAUAGGGCAAAAAAUAAUCAAUCAGGUCUUUAUACGAAGAGAAAUGACAAGCCAAUAUUCAGCUAUAAUUAAAGCUAAAGUAAUAAUAAUCCAAGUUCAUCAGGCACUGUCAUUAUUGGAAAUGCUCAACCUAAUGAUAGGUAAUCAAUUAUCAAAUUUAUUUAAACUAUAAUCCUGAACUACUUGCAUAAAUUCACAAAGAUAAUGUAAAAUAUAUUUUAUUUAUCCAUUCAGCUUAUUUUGUAAAAAGAAUAUGACAUUGUAAAAACCACUAAGAAGCCAAAAUCCAAAGUCGGUUCAAAUUUUACUAGUCCAGACUUAAACAAACCACUGAAUAAUAUUCCAAAAGUUCCUUAUAAUCAAAAUAACUUCAAUCAAAAUAUUAUAAACUAGGCUAAGCUAGACCUUAAUAAACUCGGAGAAGAUAUUCUUAGAAAUGAAUUCUCUCUUAAAAAGGAUACCAAAAGAGAAAACUUUGAGCAGCAAUAAGACUCAAUAAAGCCAGAUAAAUUCUACAAAAAUAAAUGA